AACAACAUCCCUCAACUUCCAUGGCCAGUAUUGGCAGCAGAUUUGUCACCACUGAACACCUGCGGAAUAGCCUCGACCAACGCCUCUCAGAUCAACAACCUUGGGGAACUGGUAGCUGCCUUGCAGCAAAAAUGGAAUGCACCCAACAGAAAAAGCGGCCAAGUUGAAGCCUGCAUCAGAGAGAAUGGAAAUCUCAACCAGGUCCAAAGUUUCAGAAUCAACUGAGCGGUCACCCCAGAAACGGAAGGUGCCAACUCCGACUGACUCAUCAAACGGUUGCUCCUCAGCUGAGACCUCCCCGUCCCCUGUAAAAAAGAAGAAGAAACCGGGAGCGGUUAGCAACAGCAAAGACCAGUCAGAACUAAGACAUGGUCCCUUUUACUAUAAGAAGCAGCCAGCACUCACCAUGGACCCUGUUGAUGUUGUACCACAGGACGGCAGGAAUGAUUUCUACUGUUGGCUGUGCCACCGCGAGGGUCAGGUGCUCUGCUGUGAGCUCUGCCCCAGGGUGUACCACGCAAAGUGCCUCAAACUACCAUCAGAGCCAGAGGGCGACUGGUUCUGCCCAGAGUGCGAGAAAAUAACAGUUGCAGAAUGCAUCGAGACUCAGAGCAGAGCCAUGAUGAUGUUAACCACAGAACAGUUGUCUUACCUCCUGAAGUUUGCCCUUCAGAAGAUGAAACAACCAGGCGACCAUCCCAGAUUGCCAUCCCGCUCCCCCCAUGCAGCUUCCACACAGAGAAAGACUUUUAAUUGGACCGAGCCUUUCCAGAAACCAGUGUCUCUCGACCAGCACCCGGACUACGCAGAGUACAUUUUUCACCCUAUGGAUCUCUGCACUCUCGAAAAGAAUAUCAAAAAGAAAAUGUAUGGCUGCACAGAGGCCUUUUUAGCAGACGUGAAGUGGAUUUUGCACAACUGUAUCAUCUACAAUGGAGGCAAUCACAAGCUGACAACCACAGCUAAAGUCAUUGUAAAAAUCUGUGAGCAUGAGAUGAGUGAGAUCGAAGUUUGUCCCGAGUGUUAUCUAUCUGCCUGCCAGAAGAGGGACAACUGGUUUUGCGAGCCAUGUAGUCACCCACACCCUCUUGUAUGGGCAAAACUGAAAGGAUUCCCCUUCUGGCCAGCGAAGGCACUCCGGGAUAAGGAUGGACAGGUGGAUGCUCGAUUCUUCGGCCAGCACGACAGGGCCUGGGUGCCUUUAAACAACUGCUACCUUAUGUCCAAGGAGAUUCCAUUUUCUGUGAAGAAAACGAAAAGUAUAUUCAACAGUGCAAUGCAAGAAAUGGAGGUCUACGUGGAGAACAUGAAGAAAAAGUUUGGAGUGUUCAACUAUGCCCGCUUUAGAACGCCAUACACUCCUGAAACCAACUUCCAGAUGCUGCAAGAUCCCUCCAAUCCUUCGUCUAAUGCAGCCAAAUCUGAUAAAGUGGACAAGAUCAAAUUAAGUUUUGAUAUGACAGCCUCGCCCAAGGUUCAUCUCGCCAGGACAGUGUUUUCUGGGUUAACAGGAGGGCAGUGUGUGCCUCUAGGGGACAUCCCCAGGUCACCCAUGAGCACCAACUCCUCGGGCCAAACAGGUUCUGAUGGGGAGCAAGAGACAGGAGGCGAGAGGACGAAAGACUUGAAGGGCUGUGGAAGUACUGCUGAGGAGUCUCAAGAUAGCACCGCCUCACAGAGCCGUUCUCCAUCUGGUCCUGCCACUAGUUCCUUGGAGGCAUUUCCUGCAACUGGCAAGCAGGAGAAGACACCACCAAUAGGAAGCAUACUGAAACUUAACCUAGAUCGGAGCAAAGCCGACAUGGAUCUGACGGAGCUUAGUGAGAGUGUUCAGCAGAAGCAGAGGGAAAAAAGUGUUCUCAGCUCUCCCAAAAGGCAAAUUAAGAGCCGCUUCCAGCUAAACCUAGAUAAAACAAUUGAAAUCUGCAAGGCACAAUUAGGUAUCGAUGAUAUCUCUAAUGAGGAAUACAAAGGUGUGGAACACAGCGACUCUGAAGAAUCAGGCUCCAGUGACAGCGACACUGGCAAUGUUGGCCAGGAGGCAACACCAAAUGAGAAAACCCAAAGGACUCCUGAAGAUAAAGAUAAACCUUCUCCCAGUCAAAAUGAAAAGACCAAACCAGAGUCUACAACAUCUGAUGGUUGUGCUUCACAAGCUCAACAGAAAAAUAGUUCCGAUUCAGAGAAAGAAGGUUCGAAGAAGACCAAAACAGCUACUCCUGCUUGCACGGAAAACGUUCAGGUGAAAGAGGAGCCUCAACAGCAGGUACCUGAGGACUCUGACUCAGAGAGGGAAUUAGUCAUUGACCUGGGAGAGGAAUCAGGAAGCAAAACCAGGAAGCGAAGCAGAAAAGGCAGCACUGUUGUGACAGAAGCCCCAGCCAAUAAACCUGAAGGUAAAUCUCUGAUAACUGCAGUAAUCCCAUCUCAAAGCAGCCCAACUCCGGUCACCGUUUCCUCCCAGUCCUCCGUGGCCAUACCGGUCACUGUGGUCUCCUUCAGUGCCUCCCCUUCUGCUGCCAUCAGCCUAGAACCUGCACCACCAUCAUCCUCCAUCACCCCUGGGUUAAAAAAACAGCGCCCCCUGCUGCCCCGCGAGACCGUCCCUGUGGUGCAGAGAGCGGUGGUGUGGAGUUCCCCUGCGAAGUUUCAGACCUCCCCUCCAAAGUGGCACAUGCAGAAGGUGCAGCAUCAGGAUCAGAAGCAGGCACUCUCAGCAUCUUCAUCACCGGCGACAGGAAAUAAUUCUCGCUAUCAGACAAGGCAGCACGCUAAAGCUGUGCAGCAGAAAGACUCUCCCUUAUCGACAGUCACUCUAGUGUCCACAAGUCCCCCUUCUGUUGCUGUGAUCGCAGCAUCAGGUGCAGACACACCUGCUUCAUCGCUAGUUCCAGAAACAUAUAUACCAACCGCUUCGGCUGAUGUUGCGGAAGACAUUGCCAGAUACACAAACAAAAUCAUGGAUGCGAUCAAAGGCACAAUGAGUGAACUCUACAGCGACCUUUCCAAAAGUUCUUCAGACACUACACUUGCUGAGAUAAGACGGCUGAGAAUUGAAAUCGAAAAGUUACAGUGGUUGCAUCAGCAAGAGCUGUCCGAGAUGAAGCACAAUCUGGAACUGACCAUGGCGGAGAUGAGGCAAAGUCUGGAGCAGGAAAGGGAGAGGUUGGUUUCUGAGGCCAAGAAGCAGAUGGAGGUGGAGAAGCAGCAAGCUAUGGAUGAAACCAAGAAGAAACAAUGGUGCGCCAAUUGUAAAAAAGAGGCCAUUUUCUACUGCUGUUGGAACACGAGCUACUGUGAUUAUCCGUGUCAGCAGGCCCACUGGCCGGAACACAUGAAGUCCUGCACUCAAUCAGCCACUUCGCUGCAGCAGGAGGCAGAAGCUGAGUCAACGGCGGACCUCCCGAACAAAAGCUUGGCACAAUCCAGCGGUCGACCCAACACUGUGCACGAGGCAGCAACACCUGCGGCCUCAGAUAACAGCUCCUCUGUGGACAAGAGCAGCGACAACGUCAACAUGCCAUAACGCUAUAUAUUAAUAUCAAGGGUUGUCUCCUUCACUUUUUACCCGCAUGGUUUUAACAGUUUUCUGCUGAUGUGAUACAAGCACUGCUGUAUUUAUUAAAAUGAUUUUUUAAAGCAAAAUGUGUUCAAUAACUGAAAGUAUCAAUAUAUAAUGUCAUUAAAUGUCUU